AUGCCAUUGAUCUUUCUGCUAGUUCUUUCGCUAGGUUCUUUACUAUUCUUUCUUUCUUUCUUUCUUUCUUUCUUUCUUUUUUCCAUUCUUUUUCUUUAUUUAUUUAGGAGUCCAGUAUUUUUUCUUCUUUCAUUCUCUUUUCCUUUUUUCCUUUCUUUUUUCCUUUUUUCGUUCUUCGUUCUUUUCUUUCUUUCAUUCUUUCUUUCCUUACUUGUCCAGUUUUUCUGUCGUUUUUCUUUCUUUCUUUCUUUCUUUCUUUUUUCCAUUCUUUUUCUUUAUUUAUUUAGGAGUCCAGUUUUUUUUCUUCUUUCAUUCUCAUUUCCUUUUUUCCUUUCUUUUUUUCCUUUUUUCGUUCUUCGUUCUUUCUUUCUUUCUUUCUUUCUUUACUUGUCCAGUUUUUCUGUCGUUUUUCUUUCUUUCUUUCUUUCUUUCUUUCUUUCUUUCUUUCUUUCUUUACCUGUCCAGUCUUUCUUUCGUUUUUCUUUCUUUCAUUCUCUUCUUUCUUUCUUUCUUUCUUUCUUUCUUUCUUUCUUUCUUUCUUUCUUUCUUCCUUUCUUUCUUUCUUUCUUUCUUUACUUGUCCAUCUUUCGUUCUACUUUUCUUUCUUUCUUUCUUUCUUUCUUUCUUUCUUUCUUUCUUUCUUUCUUUCUUUGUCCGAUAGAAAUAUUAUUUCGCAUAUUUGUUUUUAUUUUUCCUGCUUAUAAUAUCUAUCUAUCUAUCUAUCUAUUGGUCUUCGUCUAUCUAUCUUUCUCAGUCUGGCCAUAUCUAUCUAUCUAUCUAUCUAUCUAUCUAUCUAUCUAUCUAUCUAUCUAA